AUGCGUUCUCCCACCAACGUGUUUUUAGCGGGUAUAGCCUUCUCUGAUAUGUUUACAGGGUUGUCUCCCCUAGCUGCAUGGCUUUAUUUUUAUGCUAUUGGAAAUUACAGGGAUUUUGUUCCUUACAAAUGGUGUUUUACAUACAUUAUCACGAUUCAUGUGCUCCCAACUGUAUUCCAUACCGCGUCGAUCUGGAUCACUACGGCGCUUACAAUACAGCGGUACGUCUACGUCUGUCAUAUGACAUCACGCCUUGAUCCAAACGAGACGAUGGUGUCAUGCAUCCGUGUGUACAUUUCCUGGGUAGUAGAUCACGAGUAUCUUUACGUAAGCAUAUACACUUGGUUUAUUGUGAUUUGUUUAAACCUGAUACCGUGCACUGUUCUUGUGGUUCUCAGCGCUUUGCUCAUCUUGACCUUGCGCACUGCGAAACGUCGCCGGAUGUUGUUGUUGAACCAAAAUGAGCGGUGUUUGAGCAUGAGACUGAAAGAGAGCGACUCAACAACACGCAAGCUUGUGGUUGUGUAGCUUGUUUCUGUUGGCAUGGCAGAAAUACCCUUAGGAACAAGGAAAAGAAGGACAGCUUAG